UUCUAGUUUGACUACCCCUGUUUUGGGUAGAGCCAGUAAGAGUAGAAGGUAAGUUAGAUCUUGCUUGUUGUUUUUUGGUAGUGACAGUCCUAGCUUAGAGUUCCUAGUUAGUCUACAGUGAGUGUAGAUAGGUCUAUGGCCCGGCCUAAGACCUCUCCAUUGGGAGAGGGAAUGGCCGAGGACGACUUCUGUGUCCUGAGCACCCUUGGGGCCGGCAGCUUCUCUGUCGUCGUGCUGGCCCGCCAUCGUCACAGCGGCAGAAAAGUUGUCAUCAAGAAGAUGAAGAUGCUGGGGCAGACAGGCCUGGAGAUGGCGCAUCACGAGUGCAACGUCAUGCGAGGUCUGAGCCACCCCAACAUCUUGCCCCUGCUGGGCACCAUAGAGAGGGCAUUCCAACUGCAGCUGGUCAUGCCCUACGUGAGGGGGGGAGACCUGCGGGACUAUCUCUGCCGCAAGGGCCCCAUGAGGGAGGAGGAGGCCAGAAGGGUGUUCCGCCAGUUGGCCUCGGCUAUGGAAUAUUGCCACGCCAAAGGAAUCGCUCACAGGGACCUGAAACCUGAGAAUAUUCUCGUGCAAAGCCUGAACCGGGUCAAGAUCAUGGACUUUGGCCUGAGUGGCAAUUUUCUCCAGCAGUCCAUGGACAGCCUGCAGGGCACCUUAGGCUACAUGGCGCCCGAGAUAGUGACGGGGGGCACCUACGGCCCCGGGGUGGACAUCUGGAGCCUGGGGGUGGUGUUGUAUGAA